AUGACGAUCGGCUUCAUAACAACAGCAGAAUUAUUCAGUAAUGAGGAAAUCAACAAAAUUAUUCAGGAAAAAAAGUAUGAUUGGCGAAUUUCACCGGCGAAUGGAGGAAUUAGAGCUGGUUUCAAACCUGUUGAAAUUGAAGUGAAUGUAUUGAUCAGGAGUAUUUCGCGCAUCGAUGAUCAAAAUAUGGAAUAUGAGACGCAGAUAACGUUGCGACAAUCCUGGAUGGAUUCACGUCUCGUAUAUGGUCAAAACGAUGAUAACAAACCAGAAUAUGUUAUACUCGAUGCAGGACAACAAAUCUGGACUCCAGAUACAUUUUUCCCUAAUGAGAAGAAAAGUUAUAAACAUUUGGUAGAAAAGCCGAAUUCCAUGAUAAGACUGUAUAAAAAUGGAACUAUUUUAUACAGUACUCGAACAACAUUGGUACUAUUUUGCGACAUGUUUUUACAGCAAUAUCCGAUGGACACACAAAAUUGCGCCCUCGACAUAGCUUCUUAUGCGCAUACCACAAGUGAUAUUACAUAUUCUUGGAGAGAGGAGAAUCCUCUCCAGUUGAAACAACAUGCAUUAACUGCUUCAAGUACUUUCUAUCUUCGAAAUGCAUUGUCAGAUUCUUGCACCAGUGAAUCAGAAACUGGCAUUUACUCUUGCUUACGAAUUUGGCUAGAAUUUAAAAGAUUAUCCAGUUGGUACGUAAUUCAAAUCUACAUUCCAUCAGCAAUGCUGGUCAUCCUAACAUGGGUUUCAUUAUGGAUUCAUCACAAUGGGAUCAAUUUUAGAAUUGUUAUUGCGACAUUAGUUCUUCUUACGCUAACAGUUUUGGUAUGA